AUGUUACAGGAACAUCAGGAUGCGGUACUGUGGGAUCCUGUAAGGAGCCUUGAUGACUGGAAUCAGGAUACAGAGAAAAAGCAGCGAUAUAUCAGGAACACCUUGAGGGAAUUUCUUCAAAAUCGGCAGAGGUGUCCACGUGGACUCAAGGAUGAUGGCGUCUACCUACAGAGAAAUGACAGCUUUGUCCAGCUUGACGAUCAGCUGCCCUCACAUCUCCAGAUCUACCGGCCGGUCCUGCAGCCCUCUGAGGCCAUUCCUCCAAUAGGGACCUACGUGCUGGACAACCUAGUUGGGAAACCCUGCAUCAGAGCCACCAUGGGAGCAGAGUACAUAGUGACAGAAAAGAAGAAGACUUGGUAUUUCAACUUGGACCCAUCCAGGGUUAAAAUCAGCGGUUACUGUGGCAACAACACUGCUGUUCUCUGUCUCAUGCUGUCAGACAACGGUGCCAGUCUGCAGUUCACCUUCAUUAAGGAAAAGAACGUCUCUUAUGUCACUAAGCUGUCUGCUCAUGUGUCUCCUGAGCCUGUUUGCCCAAAAUGUGCCAAUAAAACUUACACAGGUUUGCUGGAGCAUGACAAACUCUUCACAGCAGAGGAUGGACAGAGUUUCUUGUGUAAAUCUGGGCAUCUGUUUUUGAUGACAUCUGAGCUGAGGAUCAAGCUGGUUCCUCUGCAGAUACAGGCAUUCGCUCUGCCCAGCGGUCACUAUGGAAAAGAGAUGGAGUGCUGGGCUGACAUUAACGAGAGAGUUUUUCUCAUCAUCUUCGGGGCAGUAGUGGUGGGUCUCUUCCUGAUCACUGUGCUGACCUUCCUGUUCAUCAAAGACCGCCACAGACAAGGCUAUGAGAGGAUCUGAGAUAGUUGCGAAACGU